AUGCCAUGCCUCGAAAAGAUAGGGAUAGUCGACUUGAAGCCGGCUAUUCUUGCUUCUCAAAGCUGGGGCCAGAUGGCGUUCGAAAAACUAGCCGCUGCUUCUACGGCCGACAUCGACGCCGUGAUUCGCUUCGCAGAAGACAUUCCCCCUCCAACCGAGCCGGUCCUUGACUACAUCACUGAGGUGGAUACUCGACGUGCCCUCUUCGACGACUUUCGAGCGCUUUUGCCCACCUGGGAUCAAGGUGUAUGCGGUGGUAUUCGCCAUCUUUAUGGUCGCCCCUGUCUCGGAACUUCGGAGUUAUCUACCCACCCUCACAAUCCUGUUCUCUUCGCAGGUGUCAUUGCUUGUGUAGAGGAAGGAAUUCGAUCCGAUCCUGUAGGUUAUUAG